GCUGGCUCGGCGCGCUUGCCCCGGAAGCGGAAGUGGACGUAGACGGAGUCGCGCUUCCCGUUUGCGGGUGAGCGGAGGCCUCGCGCAGCCGCUGCUUCUCCGCCUGCCGGGGACUUGCGGCCGAAACUCGGCGCCUAGGCCCCGGCCGCAGCCAUGGAGGAGGCCGAGACCGAGCGGCGGCGGCGGAAGCGGCGGCGGCAGGAACAACAGGAAGGGGCAGAGAAGCGGAGCCCACGGCGCUCCCGCUCCGCCCGGGGCAGCCAGUCCCCCCCUGCCGAGCGGGAGCAGGGCCCGGCCCGGCCGGGCAGCAGCAGGUCACCAGCAAAAAGAAAGAACAAGUCCUCUGCUAAAAGAAGCAAGUCUCCUCGAAGUAAAAGAAGUAGAAGCCCUCAUCAUAUUGUAGUCAAAGUAAAGCAGGAGCGAGAUGACCAUUCCCGGAGAGGACAUGAGGAACGACAGCACAGAGAUCAGUCAGAGCAAGAACACAGACGAGAUAGAAAUGGUGACAGAGACAGACACAGAGAUCAUUCAAAGAGAAGGAAAAAUCCCAAUGAAAGGCCAGGAGGUCGAGGGUAUGAAAGAGAGAGGGAUGCCCAAAAUCUCCGUGAGCAGCAAGUGGAGAGGGAAUUUUAUAACGAGAGAAGACGUGAGCAUCGUCAGAAGAAUGAAUCAAGCAGUGGUGAUGAGACUCUGGACCUUGGUAAACCUGAUGGUGAAAAUAAAGACAAAGAUCCAACAAAUAAGGAGAAACCAAGUUUUGAACUGUCUGGUGCACUCCUAGAGGAUUCAAACACCUUCCGAGGUGUUGUGAUUAAAUAUAGCGAGCCCCCGGAAGCUCGGAUUCCAAAGAAACGAUGGCGUCUCUACCCUUUUAAGAAUGAUGAAGUUCUCCCAGUCAUGUACAUUCACAGACAGAGUGCUUACCUGCUGGGCAGGCACCGAAGAAUCGCAGAUAUUCCUAUUGACCACCCCUCUUGCUCCAAACAGCAUGCUGUGUUUCAGUAUCGGCUUGUGGAGUACACCCGUGCCGAUGGUACAGUUGGCCGCAGAGUCAAGCCUUACAUCAUUGACCUUGGCUCUGGCAAUGGUACUUUCCUAAAUAACCAACGGAUUGAACCUCAACGUUACUACGAAUUGAAAGAAAAGGAUGUGCUGAAGUUUGGGUUCAGCAGCAGGGAGUACGUCCUUCUCCACGAAUCUUCAGAUACAUCUGAGGUGGACAGGAAACCAGAGGAGGAGGAGGAGGAAGAGGAGGAGGAGGAGUCAGAUAGUUAACAGACCAGAAAGAGACUUCAAAGAUCUUCUUUCAAUAGAACUUGAAUCUGGAUAUGAACGUUGGAGCAUCACAGCACUGAUGCCUCUUAUUGCCUUAAAGUCUUUCCUCUGUUGCUGAUCAGCUCUCGCUGUAGUUUAUUUUGGGAAACUCCUGACUUAUUCAUCUCCUUUGUAGUUUUGAAACUCAUCUGGAAAUACAGCCUUUGCUUUAAGAGGAUUCUCCCUAAUAACAAGAAAAAAAAUAGAAGGCACCUGAAAGAGAGAAGUCCAGUGAUGGAGCUCUUCAUCAGACGUAAAAAUAAAUAUGUAAGGCUGUACUUAAAGGAUAUGGAACAAAAUAGGCAUUUUAAAAAGAACAUGGUUUUGCGAACUGUUUUGUCGACAAUCCUUUGAAAUUGCUCCUUUAUUUUUAACUAGAAUCUUAGUUACAGUGAACAUGAUCUAAUGUUUUGUAGUGUCCAAUUAUUUGAUGUGAUUUGCUGAAUUGUACACCCAGAGCAAACCACUCACUAAGGGAAGGAAUUGACCAGGUUUGUUUUCAUUGAAAAGGAAGAUAUGCUGCAAAUCUUCUUUAUAUUCAUAUAAUUUGGGUAGCCAGUUUGCAUUGAAAUGAUUUUUCAGGGAAGGACAUUUCACCGGAAUACCUUGUAAUUUAUAGGCAGUGUAGUUUGAAAUGAAAGAAAAUGCUUCAUGGGACCUUAAGUUAUGAUAGUGUGGCUUGCUGUUGAAGGCUGUGUGCACUCAAUAUGUUGUAAAUGUUUGCUGACAUUGCCUCUGGAUACUGAUUUUUGUCCAUAUUUGAAGCUAGAUUUUUUGUUACUUUGACACCACUCUGCCCCAUGAAUCUUUUGACAUAAUUUCUGCAUUUAAUUAUAUGUUACCAUCAAAAAGAAAAAUAUCCAAUGUUUUAACCAUCAUUUGCACUAUUAUUUUUUAAUUUUAGUUUGUGGAAAAUAUUAUACUGUCAUGUCUGAAAUACUCCUUUUCACCUGCAUGUAACAGAAAACAGUCAAUACUUUAUAAUUAUGAAAAGUUUGUUUCCGAGAAACAUUUUCAAAACUUGGAACUAUUUAGAUUUGCAUAUAUUCAGACAUCUUCCUCCUGAGUUUUACCUUGAAACAAAAAAUAUAACUUAUUUCACUUUGAUUA